GCGCUGUAGCACAACGUCACCGUUUAUUUCAACCCGUUGGAAUACGUUAGCACUUCUCGUUUGAAACCCAUAAAAUAAGCUGUUUGCACCGCUAAUUUUACGUUAUUUUCGGUUCUCAUAGGUUAAACGGAAUCUAAUCUACGCAUGUUGUUUACUUAUUUAAGACUGGAUGCAUAUGUGAAGUCAUCUAAUCAACAACACAACACAACAAGGGCGCUACUUCCGGUUUCUGGAUGUAGCCACCAGACUCCAGCAUCGUUUCGGGGACUUGCUUCAUCAGCAGCCAAACAGAGAGAAGAAUCAUUGGGAGGCACAGGGACGAGUGAUAUGAACGAAGGAGAAGUGUUUCACGAGAAGCAACGCUUGGAGCUGUGUGCGAUUCACGCACUCAACAACGUGCUCCAGGAGCGAGUGUUUACCAAGGAGACCGCCGAUGACAUCUGUAAACGGUUGGCUCCACAAUGUGUGGUUAAUCCUCACCGGUCCGUGUUAGGCACGGGGAACUAUGACGUUAACGUCAUUAUGGCGGCGCUGCAGAGCAGGGAACUGGCUGCGGUGUGGUGGGAUAAACGCAGGACCAUUCAGAGCCUCUGCAUGUCAAAGGUUCAGGGUUUCAUCCUCAACGUCCCGUCACGGGUGUCUUUGGGCAUUGUGUCCCUCCCUCUCCGGCGGCGGCACUGGCUCGCGGUCCGGCAGGUUAGUGGACAGUACUACAACCUGGACUCCAAACUGAAGAGUCCCGUCUGCAUCGGGGGAGAGGCGGAGCUAUGCACGUUUCUCAGCGAACAGCUUUCUCAGGAUGUGGCGGAGAUGCUCCUCGUUGUCCAGCGGGAGGUGGAGGAGGACGGUUCGUGGCUGAACUCGGACAACCUCGAGAAGUGAUGCCUUUGUGUAGCUCGGGAGGGAGUAAACUACAGUAUCUCCUCUUUAAUUUUUCAAGAGGUUUCCUUCAGGGAAUGCACUGAAAUACAUUUAAUAUCCGCACCACGUUUGAGAGAGAAUUCCAAAGAGAAGCAGCGGCUAAAGUUUCCUCCUGAGAGGAAGACGUUUUUGAUUGUGACAGCCUCUGGUUUGACCCACAUCCUCCUGGUACCUUGGUUUAAGAGUGUUUUUUGCAGAAUUCAGUGAAAAAUGACCUAACUGCUCACAGCAGAUGCGGUGUGUGAAUAAAAAGCCACGUAUAUCUGGUUUGAGGUGAAGUUGAGUCGUCAUAUGGAUGCUAACGGUUACGUUAGCUCACCUGAGUCCAGCAGCUGCCCGGUUUGACCCCGCGUCCAUGUUGGUAGCCUUCUAUGCACUACAGAGAUUCGUGAUCUGUCUUUUGUUUUUUUAUUCAAACAGGCACAGGUAUUUGAACAGUAACACCUGAGGUCUGCACAACGAAGCAGAUUCUGAAUUUGAGAAAUUUAUGAAAUUAGAAACUGGAUUUUGUAGCGUUGGCUUGUCCUCAGAUGUGACCUGGUUUUAUUCGCAGUGAAAUCACAAACCUGGUGGUAGUGCAGCUCCCAGGUGAAAUGAAGAACACCGGAAAUGUUUUUAUUUACCUUUUUCAUUGUUUCUUUUGUUUGUUUGUUUUGGUGUUCAGAAACUCAUUGGAAACACCAGAGCCUGGAACGCAUCAGAAUCUAACAUUAAAGAGCAAGUCACCCCCAAAUCAACCUUUUUUUUCCUGAUAAACUAUAUAAAUGCGUGUCUAAUCGUGCCGCAGACAUGUGUAGUCAAGUUUUGCACUUUUGUGCAUUUUAGUUAAAAUUUAAAUUUUCUGCCUAAAACUGUCAGUGUUGAGCCGUUGUCAGGUAAAAACUCUGCACUGCAUUUGAAUUUAUAUCUGCCAUCGCUAUUGGCUAAGAGGUGCCCUAGAACUUUAGAUGGUACCAUAUGAUGUCACAAUGUUGCUGUGAGACUGCGUGUGUGUAUUUGUUAGUGGCUCCGCCCUCUCGGUCUGCUAGGCAACAGCAUCUGUUGCAUUUUUCAAACAGGAAGUGGGAGUGGAGUAACUCUGGUAGGGGGUGACUUGCUCUUUAAAUCCAAUGCGAAGCUGAUCCAGGUUUCACGUCUCUUGUUUACGAUGGCGGCUGCUGAAAUGUAGACUAUUGCAAAAAAUACUAACGUUUCUGUGACUGUCUGACGUAUUAAUGUGUGUUUUAUCUCGCCUGUUGAACUAUGCAUAUCCCGAGUAGUGAGGAGCAUCGUCUCUGACACACACUAGUGACUAACACACACCUGAGCCGUAAAGGUUCAUAAUGUUGUUGCUUAUUUAUAAUAAAGUUUUAAAGCCUU